CAGCCUCAUCUUCUUCCUCCCGCCCCCGUCUCAUUCACACACCCACGCUCGCCGCCAUUCACUAUACUAUUGCGCUGCUGCCGACACGGCACCCAGAGCAGAUACCGCGGUGCCAGCCAGCCAGCCAGCCGAUCUGUAGCAGCACCUAAUUUAGUCUUGCAAGUCAGCCACCCAGCCCAGCCCAGCCCAGCCAAGCACACGAUCCGAUCCGCCCUUUUCCCUCCUCCGCCACCCUGAGCUGUGCUGCCCCCCGCCGCAGGUCAAUCAUCGCGUCGCCAAGGGCAAAAUCUCCGCACAUUUUGCGCCUCCUGUACUUGCUUGUUGCUUCCCUGUACCCACCGUGGGGGCGGGCGCGCUGGUCAGAGCGAAUGAGAAGGAAUGUGACGAGAUCGGCUGUCCUCCUCCCCAUUAUUUCUUUAGUGCUUCCAUCCACGGGGACCCAGCCCGGCCGAGGACCCUCUGAGCUGAGCUAGCUGUCAUGGCGUAAGGAUCGAAAACCAAAUCCCCUGCUGCUGAUGAAAUCCAUGCAAGCAACCCCAGCCUUCUUUGUGGUGGCCCUGAGUAUCUUAUAGCCAAGCUCCUGCCAGCAGCGGCAGCAGUCGCAGCACGAGCGUUUGCGUACUGUGCAAGUGCAAGCAAGCUCAAGCUCCACUCUACCCGCUUCUUCCACUUCACCACCACCCGGUGUGCCACAGUCCAGCUCCACCCGCCUAGCCCCCGAUGGCUCGCGGGCUCGCGGCGGCUCUGCUGGCGCUGCUAGCGGCGUCGGUGGCAUUGGCGGCGGCCGCCCCGGCCGACCAGGAGGGCGACCGGAUCCGGGAGCUCCCGGGGCAGCCGCCCAACGUGGGCUUCUCGCAGUACUCGGGCUACGUCACGGUCAACCAGGCCCGCGGCCGCGCGCUCUUCUACUGGCUCGUCGAGGCGGCGCCGGCGGCCGGGCCCAUCGCGCCGCUCGUCCUCUGGCUCAACGGCGGGCCCGGCUGCUCCUCCGUCGGCUACGGCGCCUCCGAGGAGGUCGGCCCCUUCCGUAUCCGGCCCGACGGGAAGACGCUCUACCUCAACAAGAAUUCCUGGAACAAGGCGGCCAACUUGCUCUUCUUGGAGUCGCCGGCAGGCGUGGGCUUCUCCUACUCCAACACGUCGAUGGAUCUGUACACCGCCGGAGACGCCAAGACAGCACUGGAUGCCUACGCUUUUAUGGUGAACUGGCUGGAGAGAUUCCCACAGUACAAGUACAGGGAGUUCUACAUUGCUGGAGAGAGUUAUGCAGGGCAUUAUGUUCCCCAGCUGGCCAAGCUCAUAUUCGAAAAGAACAAUGGCACUGAGAAUCCAACAAUUAACCUCAAAGGAUUCGUGGUGGGGAAUGCGGUUACGGACGACUACAAUGACUAUCUUGGCACAUUUGAGUACUGGUGGAGUCAUGGCCUGAUCUCUGACAGCACUUACCUCAACUUGAAGAAGACAUGCUUGUUUGAUUCCUCAGAGCACCCUUCCCCUGAAUGUGUCAAGAACCUGAAUCUGGCUAGUUCCGAAGAAGGCAACAUUGACCCUUAUAGCCUGUAUACAAAGCCCUGCAAUAGCUCAGCCUCUCUCAAACUUGGCCUAGGAGGACGCUAUCCUUGGUUGUCCAGAGCUUAUGAUCCUUGCACCGAAAGAUAUUCAAAUAUAUACUACAAUCUGCCAGAAGUGCAGGCGGCAUUACACGCUAACACAACUGGAAUUAAAUACCCUUGGAAAACUUGCAGUGAUAUUGUCGGAUCGUAUUGGGCGGAUUCCCCCAGAUCUAUGCUUCCUAUCUACCAUGAGCUAAUUGCAGCUGGUAUCAGGAUAUGGGUAUUCAGUGGGGAUACAGAUGCUGUUGUUCCUGUAACCGCAACAAGAUAUUCGAUAAGCGCUCUCAAGCUACCAACGCUGAUGAAUUGGUACCCUUGGUAUGACCAUGGGAAGGUUGGAGGUUGGAGUCAGGUUUACAAAGGACUAACUCUCGUCACCGUAGCAGGUGCAGGGCAUGAGGUACCUCUGCACCGGCCUCGGCAAGCACUAAUACUAUUCAGACACUUCUUGAAGGACACACCGAUGCCUACUCAAUAGCCACUUGAAGCAAAAUGAUAGUGUAAACUACGAAAAUCAUAUUCACCGUUUUUCACAUUCUUUUUUUUGUUUGAUUUGAUCAUUACAACAUUUUAUUCAGUUAUCUCUAUUGAAAAUGUAUGUAUCUUAGCUAAUAGGGGAAACUGACAUUUGUACUACUGCAGCUAAAAGAGCUCCUUGUAUAUGAUAUAGUGAUUAUUUCAAAAGUAUAAUUUCCAGAUUUA